GGAGCGGGCCCGGACCCCGGACCGACACCGGACAGACCCCCGGACAGAGAGACCCCCCGGCCACACCCCCGGCCAUGGAGCCGGGCCGCCAGGCGCUGCCCCUGGAGAACGCGUCCAUCCUGUCCGAGGGCGCGCUGCAGGACGGGCACCGCCUCUGGAUCGGCAACCUCGACCCCAAGAUCACCGAAUACCACCUUCUGAAACUCCUUCAGAAGUUUGGCAAAGUAAAGCAGUUUGACUUCCUCUUUCACAAGUCUGGUGCUCUGGAAGGGCAGCCAAGGGGUUACUGUUUUGUGAACUUUGAAACCAAACAGGAAGCGGAGAAGGCGAUCCAGUGUCUCAAUGGGAAGCUGGCCCUUUCCAAGAAGCUGGUGGUGCGGUGGGCACACGCACAGGUCAAGAGAUACGAUCACAACAAAAGCGAGAAGAUCCUUCCAAUCAGUCUGGAGCCCUCGUCCAGCACGGAGCCACCCCAGUCCAACCUAAGCGUCAGUGCAAAAAUAAAGGCCAUCGAAGCCAAGCUGAAGAUGAUGGCAGAAAACCCCGACGCCGAAUAUCCCGCAGCACCUGUUUAUUCUUACUUCAAACCCCCCGAUAAGAAAAGGACUACUCCUUACUCCAGAGCUGCCUGGAAAUCCAGAAGAUGAUGCUUUAGGAGUGGAUGGUGGUAGCGAGAAACGCUGCUUUGUACCCGUGGAGUUGCUCCAGUGCUUUUGUACGUUGUAGAGUGGGAAGGACGCUGCCACCCGAGCAGGGCACGGCGGGCCAGGCACGGCCUGUCCCACCCGAGGGGCCGCAGCCCCUGCCAGAGCAGCUCACAGCUGAAGGCUGUUCAGAGAAGUAGGUUCCCCUCAAAGCCUCUGAUGAACACGCAGACAACCUCUCGUUAGCGUGCAUUCAUUAGCCAGAUUAGAAACAGUAACCAGCGUACGGAGCAAAGCACAUCCAAAAAUACUCCAUUUAACUGAUUACUUUUUAAGUAUUUUUGAACAAAAAGUAUUCCGGUUCAUGUUUUAAUGGAGGGGAAGCACUUGGUUUUGAUUAACAUGCUGUAGUUACCAUGGAAAAACUUUUUCAUCUCAAUAAAACUCAUUUUAAAUAGAUUUUGCAAC